CGCCUUCUCCCCGCCUUCUCGCGAAGGGCGGGCUCUGGCCACUGUCAGAGCGGCCUCCGGGAGGCUGCGGGAUCCCGGGGGCGCCUUUGCGGGCCGGCGCCGACCGAUCUCCUUGCUCUCGGCGGUCCUCUUGCCGCGGUUGUCGAGAGAAGACGCUUCCUGACGGAUUCUUGCGGCUCGUGCCUGGCUCUGUGAGGCUCGAUCUCUCCGACUUUGAAAACAGAAGGAGGCUAGAUGUGGCAACACAUUCCCAGAUCCCUGCAGGAGAGCCAUGGCUUAUGAUGAUUCCAAGGGAAAAAAAGAUGAUGUGGGACUAGCAGCUGGCAGAACCCAAUAAGGAAAGAAACGUUCCUAUAAGGAUCUGCUUCCAGAAAGGAGGAGACAGCUGCUCAAGGGGCAUACGGAAAAUAGACUGAAGACUUUUGUCCUUUAGAACUUUCCCUGCCUUUGGAGUCAUCAUCAAAGAAUAGAAAAAAGUAAUUUUUUUCACUCUCUGCUAACACUGCCAUGGAUUUGCUUAAAGCCAUCAACACUCCUUUAACUACCAGCUCCAAAUCAUCUAAAAGGACUUUGGAAAAACCAUCUCAUUCUUCAUUCAGUGCUGCCAAUUAUUCAGAGGGUAAGAAGGAACAUCACAAGAAGAAGCUGAGUGGAAGCAGCGAUCCACCCUUGGAUGAUGGUACUUUCCAUAAGUCCAAAAAAAUAAAACCACCAUAUGUAAACACUGAAAUGCUGACCUUACGUGAGCCUGAUGGCUUAAAAAUGAAACUAAUCCUCUCACCAAAAGAGAAAGGGGGUACCAUAGCAGAAGAUCCCUUUCCACAUUCUGGAGCUACAAAAAAGACCUCUAAGAAGUCUAGUCGGGAUGAACAAAUCUUGCAGCCCUCAAGCCAUGAUACACACAGCUUCUUGAAAUCCCGCAAGAAGCACAAGCCACCUACAGAUCCCCAUCCCCUUUCUCCUGCUGAGGGCUUCAGCCCAGACACAUCCCUCUUCCCUGAAGGCCAAAGCAGUGAUUUUGAGCUUUCAAACUUGGAACCACAAAUGGAAUCUGGAUCUUCAUCUGGAGGUGAGUUGGAAGCUGGAGAACUAGUCAUUGACGAUUCAUAUCGGGAGAUAAAAAAGAAAAAGAAAUCAAAGAAGAGUAAAAAGAAGAAAGACAAGGAGAAACACAAGGAGAAAAAACACUCUAAAUUGAAGAAGAGUUCUGGACUCUCUUCAUCACCAGCAGCAGUGGAAAUAACACCACAACUGCCUGUUUCUCCAACUAGCAUCCAGUUUGCUCUACCUGCCCCUCCUCCUUCUUCCUCACCACUGCCACCUGUUUUCUGUACAGAUAGCCUGAAUGAGAAAAAGAAGAAGAAAGAAGAAAAAGAGAAGAUUGAGAAAAUAGAAAAAGAAAAGCCAAAGAAGAAAAAUAUGUCUGCCUACCAAGUAUUCUGUAAGGAAUAUCGUGUGAACAUUGUGGCUGAACAUCCAGGAAUAGAUUUUGGUGAGCUGAGCAAAAAGCUAGCAGAGGUUUGGAAACAGCUUCCAGAGAAAGAUAAACUGGUUUGGAAGCAGAAGGCUCAGUAUUUGCAACAUAAGCAGAAUAAAGCAGAAGCGACAACAGUGAAGAGGAAAGCAAUGUCAUCUGAAGGUUCCCCAAAAUUGAAAGCUUCUCUAGCAAGCAUGCCUUCACCCCAUAAAAAGUCCCCAACUAGUACAAUGGUAUUAUCCUCUUCACCAGUGAAGGUUCCCGAGACAGAUCCCAUUGAUGUAGCUGCACAUCUGCAACUACUGGGAGAGUCUCUGAGUCUUAUUGGCCACAGGCUGCAGGAGACUGAAGGAAUGGUAGCCAUAUCAGGAAGUUUAUCAGUACUCCUGGAUUCAAUUAUUUGUGCUCUGGGUCCUUUGACUUGUCUCACAUCCCAGUUACCUGAGCUAAAUGGCUGCCCCAAACAUGUUUUGUCAAACACAUUAGAUAAUAUUGCCUACAUAAUGCCCGGUCUUUGACACAAAAAGCGAGUGUGGAAAGUAAUCUACUGCCAUGCUACUGGUGUGUAUACAUAUAUAUUGCGUUCUUCAAGUCUCAACCUACAGAAUUUUAAAGUUUUUUGUCAAUAACUGUAUAACUUGCUUUUAUGAAAAAAGUCCAGAACUUGAAUUUGCAAGAAUUGAAGGAUGUUUUUUUAAGUCUGUGUGUUUCUACAUAACUAGAGUUUAGUAAUUUUUUAUAUAUCAGCCUUAAUAUAAAAGGAAAAAAAAUAUAUUGAAUUAUUUUAAUUAAAAAUGUCAAGCAAGUUUAGGGCAAACACAUGCCAUGGACCCAAUACCACUAAUACUUUAGAUAUAAAACAGAGCCCUGAUGGCGCAAUGGUUAAAGUGCAGUGUUGGAAGAAAACUCUGCCCACAGCCUGGAGUUUGAUCCUGACAGGGCUCAAGGUUGACUCAUCCUUCCAUCCUCCCAAGGACAGUAAAAUGAGGGCCUAGACUGUUGGGACAAUAUGCAAAUAAUGCUUCAACAUUGUAAACCAUCCAGAGAGUGGUGUAAAGAGAUAUGGAGUGGUAUAUAAGCCUAAAUGUUAUUGCUAUUGCUAUAAAAUAGUACUGGUACUUCUCUAAGUGGAAACAAUGGAAUGGAGAAAAAAUAAUUAACAUGUUCAAAUUAAUGAUGGGGGAAAUUCUCCUAUCCUUAGAGAACUGUUCGGACAGUAGGAAUUCUUAUUAAAUGUUGCAUUAAUUGUCAGAGCUACAUACAAAUUUGGGAGUGAAUGAAAUCGAAUCAUUAAAAUGGCUACUUCUUUAAUGUGACUGUUUAAAGCAGCUAUAUUUUUCUCCACACACACAGUUUUAAUAAGUAGCAGUGAGGUGCUAAUUCAUGUUCAUUCAAGUUUUGAAGCAAUUCUUCCAAAUCAUUUUCAAAACUUAUAUAGCACUAGUAAUUACAGUAUAGAAAUGUAAUAUUUCAUAAAAUGUUCAGAUUAUGAGAGAAAAGGAAGAAGAUUUUUAGCCUACAAUUUCAGGCUCCAAAUUCUUCACAUUUAGAUAGUGACUUCUGAAACAGUAGCUAAAAAUAUUGUCAUAGAAGGCAAGAACGUUCCCCCAAUUACGCAAAUUCCAAUUUAGCAUUAUUACCAGCAACUCCUUUCUCUUAUGGUGCUAAUAUUCAUGUACAGGCGAUACAGGUGAUAUUGAAGGACUUAUUAAUAAUAGGAAGAGAAAUGUUUUGGCACAGGCUUAAGCGCUUUGAAUCUGUUCUCUGGGAAAGCACUUCCAUAGGAUUAAGUAUGUUAUUUUUAAUAUAGGAAUUUACAUUUUUGUAUAUGUAUUUUUGUAUAUACCAUAUAUUUUUUUUACUAUAAGACGUGCCUAGAUUUAGAGGACGAAAACAAGGGAAAAAAAUAGUUUUUGGUCUCUGCGCAUCAUGUUUCCACCCACCCCGGCCCAUUUUUGGCCUUCUGAACCCUAUGUGCGCCCCGUUUUAACCCAAAACUUGCCCAUUUUUGGCCUGCAGAGUGCUUCUAGGGGCUAGGAAGGGUAAAGGUAAAAAUGUGACUCACGGAGGGUUUGGGAGGCCAAAAACGAGCCCGUUUUUGAUGAAAAUGGGCCCAUUUUUGGCAAAAAUGGGCCGUGCAAAGCACUGCAGAGUGCUUCCAGGGGCCAGGGAGGGUGAAAACGCAAUGCAUGGAGGAUUUAGGAGGCCAAAAACAGGGCCAUAUUUGGUCUACAAGACACACCAAAAUUUUUACCCACUUUUGGGGGGGAAAAGAUGCGUCUUUUAGUGGGGGAAAGGUACUCUGAAAAAUAGGUAGUUGUAAUUAGAACACAAAAAAUUCCUUCUAUUACUGUUGUUCAGAAAACAUGUACAGGUAGUCCUCAAUUGAGCCCAAAAUUUAUGUUGCUAAAUGAGAUAGUUGUUAAGUGACUUAUGCCCCAUUUUAUGACUUUUCCUGCCAUAGUUAAGUGAAUCACUAUAAGUGUUAAGUUAUUAAUGCACUUGUUCACUUGUUAAAUUAAUCUGGCUUCCCCAUUGACUUUGCUUGUCAGAAGGUCACAAAAGGUGAUCACAUAAUCGAGGAUGCUGCAAUGGUCAUAAAUAAGAGCCAGUUGUAAAGCAUCCAAAUUUUGAUCACAUGAUCAUGGGAGUUGCUGCAAUGGUCAUAAGCAUGAAAAAUGGUCAUAAGUCACUUUUUUCAGUGCAGUUAUAACUUCAAAUGGUCAUUAAACAAAUGGUUAUAAGUCAAGGACUAACCUGUAUUCAUUUUACAAUCUAUACACCUUUGUCAUAAUUAAACUUUAGGUUAGAACAAGUAUUGAUUAAAAGGAGAUUUUGAAUUUUUAAAAAAGUAUUCAUACAAAAAUAGCAAUACAGGUAGUCCACGACUUACAACCAUUCAUUUAGAAAAGUUACAAGGUAAAAAAGUGGCAUAUGUCCAGUCCUCACAUUUAAGACCAUUGCAGAAUUCUCAUGAUCAUGAUUGGAUGCUUCAUGAUCUUCAUAUAUUUAGGAGGAUUGCAACAUCCCAGGGUAAUGUAGCGCCAUUUGUGACCUGUCCAGCUGGCUUCUGACAAGCAAAGUCAAUGGGUGAAGCUAAAUUUGCUUAAUGAUCACAGCAAAAAGAUAAUAAAAUUAGGUGCGGUCAGAUGAUGACUCACAUAACCACCACAUUGCUUAGUGAUGGAAGUUCUGGUUCCAACUGUGAUUGUGAAUCGAUGUGUCCUUAUAGUGUGAUUUAAAAAAUGGAUAAAACAAAUGUUAAAAUUCUAUGUCAUAUAACCUUAUCACAUAGGAUUUAAAAAUCUUAAAACAACAGGAAAUGAAAUAAUUUAGAAUCCAAGUAUAUACGAUACAUCACUUCCCUAGGCUUUUAAGAGUGGAUAUUUUUCUAAUUGGUAGACUAUUAAAUUGACUGGUUUUCCAUCAUUUCAUCUUAAGCUUCCUUUAAAUAAUGAAGUACCUGUCCCCAUUCCUAUCCCCUUGUUAAACCUGAUGAUUAAAAUACUAUUUGCUAAGAGCUAAUGACUUGAGGUUUUAAAAACCUAUUCAGAUUUGAUAUUAUUUGAACAAUGCUACAAACAAUGUAAAAACCAACUGAGAUAGUGAUUAAGGCAGCAGGCUAGAAACCAGGAAAACAUGGAAGCCAGCUGGUGACCUUAGGGGAGUCAUUUUUCUCUCAGCCCUAGGAAACAAACAAUGGCAAAUAACUUCUAAAAAUCUGCAGUGAAUCAUUGACUCAAAGUUGUGCAGAUAUACAAGCAGUAUAUGAACUAUAAAGAAUAUCAAUCUUUAGAGCUGGACAUUUAACAGAAUCAUUUAAUUGCAUUUACACUAUAUUGCUGCUUUUGGAAAGUUCUUGGAGUUUUCAGCAUUGAGUGGAAAGUCUUUAAAUUAGGAGUUUGGUAGCACCUUUUCCAACUAAGAAAUGUAAUUAAAAGGCAUAAUCAGUCUGACCAAAUGAGCUACAUCUUACAAAAGCUUAUUCCAUUUAAUACAAUUUGUUAGUUGGUGCUAUCAGGCAACUGAUUUUUUUUUUGCCAGCCUAGACUAAUCCAGCUCUCCUAUAAAUGAAGAAAGGCAAUUUUUACUUAUGUCCUUCUGUCCUGUGUUACCCCACCCACAGAUAUAUCACAAAAGCUAGAAAAAAUCAGAACACAGAAGAUAAGCACAGGCAAGUCAGAAACAAUUGCCUUCUUCCAGUGGCUGAAAUAAUCUGUCAAUUAAUGGCUUUAAUUCAUAAACAUGAAUUAUUUGAAUCAGG